AUGGGUCUCCCCAGGAGCUUACUUCUCGCCGUCGCGGCAUCUACCUACUUUACCCAACCGGCUCUCGCUAGCGACGAUGACGAAUGCUCCGGAACUCUCGAAGAAAUCCGAGAGGGCAACCUUGUUUUCAACUCGACAAUGACGGUCGCAUUCGCUCCUUCUCCAGGCGUCCCAUGGCUCUUCACCCUGGGCCUCUCAGACUGGCGGGAGGAGGGAAGCACGUGGGGAGAUUUUGACUCAUCUCAACACAUUGAAACGUUCCUCAGCAUCCCCAAUGAUAUUGUCAACAGCACGCGAGCCAGCGAGACAAGAGUCUGCAUCUACAUGAUGGACGGUCAAAAUGCGACUGCCAACGACGGGAAUAAGAGCGGUCACUCUUGUAACGGCGUAUUGAGCGACGAAUGUCAGAAGGCUUUACGAAGUAUCAAAGGGCCGGCUGAUGAUGGCACAUGCCCAGACCCACCGGACAGUGUCAAAGAAGCUUGCAACCAAUAUGUCUAUCCUCAAUGGGGAACACCACAAACCUAUAACAACACCAACUGUACAACGUCUUCUCUCCCGGGUGUCGGCCUCCCCGGCGGUUACAAGACAUUCCCAGUCGUAGGAACGAGUCUGUUUCCCGCCGACAGCCCCAUCGACUCAUAUAAAAUGUACGAUCUACGCGUCCGACAGCCAAUCCCAUUUCUCUUCACUAUGGAAUUCCACGACGAGGGCCUAAGGACUGCCACCGAGCUCCUUUGUGUGGCUCCCAGUCAGCUCAUGAAGGGCAGCCGUAAGCCCGAGGGGGAAUUUCCACCCAGUGCUGCGAGUGGUCUGGAUACCAAGGGUGCUGUUGUGUUGGCCGUGGGUGUUUGGUCCGUGGUGGGGUUGUUGCUUGCAUGA